ACUUAAUCUCUUCUUCAAACAUACAUAUUUUGCAUACAUAUAGACCACAUGUCCCAUCAACACCAUGAUCAUUUCGCUGCACAUGGCAUUGAAGAUGAAGAUCCUGCAGUAGCUGAAAAACGCCAUUUUCAAAAAGUAUUACUAGCAUUUGUGUAUUAUCGAUCGCAUGGUCUGAAUCAUAAUCAUCGACGUCGUCGUGACUUUUUAGCUUUACCAGAACAUCACAAACGUAUGAUCCCUGAUACUUUACAGAAAAUUGAUACUGUUGAUACCAAGAUUGAAAUGAAUGCUCGCUUCUUUCGUGAUCUUGUCAAAAGUGCCAACCUUUUCUCCAACAAUGACAUGACUCAAUUAUUAGAAGAAGCAAGGAAAAAGGGUGAACAACCUCCAGUCAAACCAUCAGAUAUGGAUAAAGUGAGAAGUACUUUAAAACAAUGUUUCCGGGAUUGGUCAGUAGAGGGAAAAGUGGAAAGAGAUGCUAUUUAUGUACCUAUUAUAGAAGAAUUGGAAUCUAUUUACAAGUCAUUAUCUGUUCCAGAAAGAGGUGAUAUCCGUGUUCUUGUGCCUGGUGCAGGACUUGGUCGUUUGGCAUAUGAUAUUGCAACUCACGGAUUCAGCUGUCAAGGCAACGAAUUUACAUUUUAUAUGCUAUUAGCAUCCAACUUUUUGCUCAACAACAUUGAAAAAGAACGACAAUAUGAAAUUUAUCCAUUUGUACAUUCAUUUAGUAACCUUCCGACAGCAGCAAGUCAAUUACAACCUAUUCGAAUUCCUGAUGUUGUGCCUGGGAAUUUACCUUCAACUGUAGAUUUUUCCAUGGUGGCUGGUGACUUUUUAGAAGUUUAUGGUGAAGAAAGUGAUAAUCAAGGUGCUUGGGAUGUGGUGGUGACUUGUUUCUUUAUUGAUACUGCUCGCAAUAUCAUAAAAUAUCUCGAAGUCAUUCAUAGUAUUUUGAAACAAGGCGGUACUUGGAUCAACAUUGGUCCUUUAUUAUAUCAUUUUGAAGAUACACCUGGUGAAUCCUCAGUGGAACUCUCUUUGGAUCAAAUCAAACGUGUGGCUCAGGAAAUGGGUUUUGAAUUCAAGAAAGAAUCCAUGAUUGAUACAACAUAUACUUCCAAUCCUGAUAGUAUGUUGACUUAUUUAUAUCAUUCUGCUUUUUGGACUGCUACAAAGAAAUAAAUGAAAUGUAUGGUUUUAUUUGGUGAUAGGGGUCCCAUUCAUGUUUAUCAUCUUUUUGUUUACGUGUGUCAAUAAAGUUUUUACUCGAUAAUAAUCACCUGAAAGUUGUACACUAUAAAUAAUAUCAUGUGAAUCUAAGUGACCAGAAGAAACAAAACCCUAGUUUUUGGUCUCCGCCUUUGCGCGUGAAAAAUAAAGCAUGGUUGAUUUUUUUUUUUUU